GUUCGACUUCGACCCCCUACACUGCAUAAGCAAACGAAACACUCUCUUCCCUUAGACACAAAGAGAGAAGGAAGCAAAGCGAAGGCGGACGAGGAGAAAUGGCAAGCAGAAUUGGGGGAAGAGUGGUACACUUUGCUAAUCUCCCUAUCAAGCUCUUGAUGCCCACAAACUUCACCAACAUCACAGAAAUUGCUCUGAAAACUAUCCCUUCUGCCUCCAAGAUAGAAAUCAAGCGCGUCCUUGAGUCUCUCUACGGCUUCGAGGUCGAGAAGGUCCAAACCCUCAACAUGGAGGGCAAGAAGAAGAAGCGCGGGGGCCUACUGAUUGCCAAACCCGAUUACAAGAAGGCUUAUGUCACUCUGAAGAACCCGCUCUCGUUAUCGCAGGACCUUUUUCCUAUUAGAGUCAUACAGGAGGAGAAGGAAAGAGUAAAUAAGAAAGAGAAGCCGAGCUUUGUGGAGGAAGGUGAAGGGAAGAAGCACUGGCUCGAUAGGAAGGACGGCCAGGCAGUCAGGACAGACAAGGGUUAUGCUGGAAAGAGAAGUGGGCGGCGCCGUUAUAUUGGUGAUGCGGCGGCGGCAGUGGCUGCAGCGGCUAAGUUUCCGUGGAGCAGCAUGCGGGGAGAUAGGUAGUGUUCUUAUUGUUGUACGUCCAUUUUUUCUUGGAUUUUGGGGAUUGCUUGUUUGAAUAGGGUUUUGGGUGGGUUUAGUUAGAGCUCAUUAUAUUUGAGGUUUUCAUUUCUUGUUGUUGCUUGGUGUUACAUGCUUUCAGGUUUUAUAAUUUAUGCCUUUUUUCAUUGAAUAAUUAUGGGAUUUGCUGGUUUGAAUAGAAUUUCCAGUGCAAAACUGGAUAUUGAAAUUA